CUAACGCCCUUCACUUCUCGGCACUUCCGUCAGGAGUUAUUCUGAUAUUUCAAUCUUCACGCUCUGCUUUUGAUCUAUAUAAAAAACCUACUCUGGAUUGGUUUCUGUACUUAGAAUAUCUCCUUCUCCAACAACACCACCCCUCCAAUCGCCAAAAUUAAGGAUUCAAAAUCACAGCUCCAUUGAUCCAUCUAAGCAAUCAAAACCAAGUUCCGAUCAAUUGCUGAUUUCACGGCUUAUAUCAAAAUCUCAGGAUCUGUCGAGCGUAAGCAUAUCUUCAAUGGCUUCUUCAAGUUCAAGUGUUCACAAUAAGAGCUACCUGUAUGAUGUGUUUCUGAGCUUCAGUGGUGUAGACACCCGCAAGACCUUUGUUGAUCAUCUUUAUGUUGCUCUUGAUCAGUAUGGUAUUCGCACGUUCAAGGAUGACGAGAGACUCGAGAAAGGAGAAAGGAUCAGUGAUGAGCUCUUACAAUCUAUUGAAGAUUCGAGAUGCUACAUUAUUAUUUUCUCCAAAAACUAUGCAUCUUCAUCAUGGUGCUUAAACGAGCUUCUCAAGAUCAUGGAGUGUCAUAAGACGGGCGAGCGGACUGCCUUCCCUGUGUUCUACGAUGUGGAACCCUCUGAAGUCCGAAAACAAACCGGAGCAGUUGGGGAUGCCCUUGCCAUACAUAGGAACAUGAAUGAAUCAGAGGUUGGAAGAUGGAGAGAGGCUCUUAAAGAAGCAGCCAAUUUGUCUGGUUGGGAUGUCAGGAAGACUACUAAUGGGCAUGAAGCUCAAGUCAUUAAAUCAAUUGUUGAAAAGGUUUCACUCAAGUUAUGGCCCAUUGAUAGUAAUGUCGAUGAGAACUUAGUAGGCAUGGAACAGAGGAUGCAAGCUCUCGAUCCUUAUUUAGAGAUUGGUUUGAAUGAUGUUCGCAUGGUAGGGAUCAAGGGCAUGGGGGGUACUGGAAAGACUACUUUGGCCCGAACCAUUUUUGAUAAACAGUUCGUUAAUUUUGAGGGUAGAAGCUUUGUUGAGAAUGUGAGGGAAACAACCACUCGGUCCGGUUUGCAGAAGUUGCAAAAACAAGUCCUUAGAGAUGUGUUAAAGGAUAAAAACAUCACUGUAAGUAGUGUUCAUGAAGGGACAAAGCUAAUGAAAACAAGGUUACGUGGGAAAAAAGUUCUACUUGUUCUCGAUGAUGUGGAUCAAAGAGAGCAACUUGAGGCAUUAGCUGGUAAUCCUAAUUGGUUCAAGUUGGGAAGUAGAAUUAUAAUUACAACUAGAGAUGGGCAGGUGCUUGAAGCACAUAGAGUGAACUUGAUACAUGAUGUCAAUCUUUUAUCUAAUGAGGAAGCUAUUUGCCUCUUCAGUAGGCAUGCAUUUGGGAAAGAUAUUCCAACUCAAGAGUACGAAAGGCGUUCACGCAAAGUUGUAAGUUAUGCUGUUGGACUUCCCUUAACAAUUAAAGUUUUGGGUUCAGAUCUGCGUGGUAAAGAUGAUAGUGUAUGGACAUAUACACUAGAAAGACUCAAAACAAUCCCAUUGAAGGAAACAAUUCAAAUAUUGGAACUAAGUUACAAAAACCUGGAGGAUGAUUACAAGGAAAUAUUCCUAGAUGUGGCGUGUUUUCUUAAAGGUUGGAAAAAAGAAGAUGCAAUAAGGAUGCUUGAAAGUUGCGGAUUUGAUGCUAAAUAUGGUUUGAGUGUUCUUGAGCAAAAAUCUCUAAUCGUAACUUUAAAAGGACGUUAUGAUGCAGUCAUAGACAUGCAUGACCAUCUAGUCGAAAUGGGCAAGAAUAUUGUACGCCGUGAGCAUCCGGAUGAGCCCAACAAACAUAGCCGAUUAUGGAUUGAAGAGGAAAUCGAACACGCCAUGGCUGAUAACUCGGGUAGUGAAGCAACAAAAUGUAUAGAUCUAAAUAUCACUCGUGGUAUUUAUUUGAAAGGUUUUGGAAAUAUGAAGAAACUUAGAUGCCUUAUUGUGAACCAUGGAAAACACAAAGUUUCUCAUGACCUUGUGAACCACUUGUGGUAUUUUUUUGGAAAGUUUUGGAAACAUGACAAAGGUCGCCGGUAUUUUCCAAACUCGUUACAAUAUCUAUAUUGGUCCAUUUACCCUCAUUGGUGUUUACCCAAAACAUUUGAAGCAAAUAAUCUUGUUGCACUUGAAAUGUCUUAUAGCAAAAUCAAACAACUUUGGGAAGGUGAAAAGGUUAUGGAGAAGCUCAAAUUCCUUAACUUGAGUUAUGCAGAAGAGUUAGGGAGCCUUGACCUUGGACUGACACCCAAUCUUGAGAGGCUACAUCUUGAAUGUUGUUAUAAAUUGGUAGCACUUGACGUGCACGGUGGAUGUCUAAAAAGCCUUGUCUAUUUAAACCUAACUGAGUGCAAGUGUUUGAAGUCUAUAUCUUUUAUUGAGCAGAUGGAAUCUCUUGAGGUUCUUGAUCUAAGCUGGUUACAUUUGAGGGAAUUCCCAGAUUAUAUAAUCAUUGGACACUCCAGCAGUAGUUUGCUAGAGCUGAAUCUUUCAUAUAAUGAAGAUAUAGAAGAAGUGCCCUCAUCAGUUGGAAAUCUUUAUAAGCUUGUCUCUCUAAAUCUCACUAGAUGCUCUAAUCUCAAGAGUCUUCCAGGAAGCAUUUGUAGUUUACAACAUUUGACAACUCUUAAGCUUGGAUACACUAGAAUAGAGGAAUUGCCAGAGGACCUUGGCCAACUGGAAUGUUUAGAAUACCUUUAUUUAAGUAGAACAAAAGUUAAACAUCUCCCUGGUAGCAUUUGUAUGUUGAGACAUCUCGAAACCCUAGAUCUUUCAGGGUGUUUACGUCUUGAGAAGUUACCUGAGGAUGUUGGCCAAUUAGAAUCUUUGGAGAAAUUAGAUCUACAACAUUGCCGUAAUUUAAGAGAAAUUCCCAACAGCAUUUGUAAGUUGAAAUGUCUCAAACAGUUGAGGCUUGGAGGAUGUAAGAGGGUUGAAAAACUGCCAGACGAACUAGGAAACUUAAAAUGUUUACAAUAUUUAGAAGUUUGGGGUACUGGCAUAACUCAGCUUCCACAGAGCAUUUAUUCAGUGAAAGGUUUGAAAAUCAACAAACCCCAUGAUGAAUUGUUGUGAUGAGGUUUUCCACAUAGUGAAGGAAGGGGGUAGGGUUUUUUAGAUGGGCUUAGAAGAAAUGUCGGAGGCCGCAAUCCAAUUUUACCCACAAAAUCUAAUUUCCCAAUGUUUCCACAACAAUCCCAAACAACUUCUUUCCCAAUUAAUAGCAAUCCUUUUCGAUACUGACGGAACUCUUUGUGACUCAGAUCCUGUCCAUUACAAUGCCUUAUGCUCCAAGAGAUAGUGUUUAAUGGCAGCAGGCAGUUCCAAUACGCAAAAGAACCAUUUAAUUAGCUCAAUGAUCUCUGAGUGACGCAGCAGCUCGACCAAGAAUUCAAAAGUUUGACCAAAGGAUCUUUAUCAGUGCAAAGGAACAGUGGAACCUAAUGUGGCUGGCUAUACUCAGUGACGCACACAAGGGUCUGGUCCAUCAGCUUUGGCAUAAAAGAGGGGUUAAAAAUGAUAUAUCAAACACGUUCUUGGGAAUGAAGCAUCUACUUGCUCAUAUGCUAAGAGGGUCCAACGGCAUACGCCAUAUGUAUGCAUGCACAAACCGAACAAGAAUUCAAUAGUUGACCAAAGGUCAACUGUAGAUACAUGAACAUGUAAAGUAUACAACCUCCUUAAUCAAUUGUAUUAAAAACGGGUAGUUGUAAAGUAUGCUUCACAAAAGUCUGACCUCAGUAUCUCCAAUUGACUGACUUGCUCACGAAAUGCACCUGUGAAGAGUGAUUCCCAUGUAAGGUACACAUAAGAUACAAACACUUAUUAUUGAUAUAAAACCCAAUGGAAACCAGUAGUAAAUAAUUCAGUGAUCCCUCAAUAAGCCGUCUAUAACCCUGUUCGGGAGCCGCAAUCAAAUGUGGCUGAUAACCAUCUGCCUCUGAAACAAGUUUCCUCACAUUUUAUCGAAAUAGCCAUGUACAAUCAUUAAUCGAAAUAGACCUGGUCACUUGUUUUAAAUCCAAUCGAAAUAGGCUUUGGUGGAAUCGAAAUAGAUCAAAUCUAUUUUGAUAUGUAUCCUUAAUAAACACAGCCUAUUUGGAUGAUUAUGAGUGCAUGUUCUAUUUCGAUAACCGUUAUCUUUCUUUCUCUAUUUCGAUGAUGUCUUAUUGUUUCAUUAUGUUAUUUUCACUCACAUAUUUGACAGGACGAUGUCAAAUAUGUGGUCUUGAUACGAGACGAACCCAACCCUUUUAUAAUAAGACGGCAAGCUAUGAGUACGAUAGAUGCAAGGGUAUUCAGAUUUAUUAUACUGGCAUAACUCACCUUCCACAGAGCAUUUAUUCGGUGAAAGGUUUGGAAAUUAUAAGAUCGCAUGUUGAUUGGUUUAUUGAGAGACCCAAAGUAGAUAGAAGUUCCAGAGGACAAUUGAAGAGUGGAGCUCCACACAUUGAUCAACACUAGAGCAAAAUUAAUUCAUGAAAACCAAUAUUACUCACAAAACUAACUCUCCCAACGUUUUCCACAACAGUUCCAUCCGCUUCAUCAUUUUCCGACCCAAUUAAUAGGUAGGUAUGUUUCUUCACUAAUUGAUGAUGCUGUUUGUUUUGGCAUUGAUUUGUGAAUCUGUUAAGAGGGUUUUCAGAAUGUCAUCAGUAGUUCAUGUAUAUAGAUAGUGAAAUUUGAUUGCAGCUGUCUUGUAUUCCAUUCCAUUUGGGCACCAGUUUGGGUUUCAUCUUUAUGUAAGUGAAGUCAUGGGAGAUGACACUGAUUAGAUGCUUGUUUCAGUCCCGUAUGGAUCAAGUGUACGACUAAUGUCACAAUUGGUUUUCUCUUCAUUUUAUUUAAAAUUUAUGAGUGGUCAUACAUUACACUUCGAACU